AAAAACACACUGGAGGGAGGGCUGAACAUCUGGCUGAGCAUACAUCAUCUGGACAGGACUGAUUUACUGGAUACAAAGGCUGACACAAACCCCACAUAACGGCUUCUUUGCAGACUGUUUGCACAGAGGUGUGUGCACUUCUAACGGAAGAGUUCUUCUAGUCUUUCUUCUUAAUAUCUUCUAUCAAAGCAGCAAAGAUGGAGCGAAUGGAGGACGAUAAGCCGAAGAAGAAGUUGACCUGUUACCUUAUCUACUGUGUUUCAACAGCAGUCAUUGGCUCACUACAGUUUGGCUACAACACCGGGGUUAUCAAUGCACCCGAGCAGAAACUGCGCAGGUUUUUCCAGAAUGUGUCCAUGGAGCGGUACGGGGAGCCUUUCAGCCCAGGAGCCAACACCAUGGUGUGGAGCUUUGCUGUUGCCAUCUUCAGUGUUGGUGGCAUGGUGGGCUCUUUCUCUGUUGGAGUGUUGGUCACCAAAUUUGGCAGGCGUAAGUCCAUGAUGCUAUCCAAUAUCCUGGCUGUACUUGGUGGGAGUCUCAUGGGACUGUCGGCUUUGUGUGGAUCUUUUGAGAUGGUCAUUAUCGGUCGCUUGAUCAUCGGAGUGUUCUGCGGUCUGUGCACGGGACUGACACCCAUGUACGUGGGCGAGAUCUCUCCCACUGCGGUCCGAGGAGCCUUCGGCACACUGCACCAGCUGGGUGUCGUCAUUGGCAUCCUGGUGGCACAGAUCUUUGGUCUCGAGUUUCUUCUCGGUUCCGACUCUCUGUGGCCUCUGCUGCUGGCUCUCACCAUCCUGCCGGCCAUCCUGCAGUGCAUCAUGCUGCCUUUCUGCCCCGAAAGCCCUCGCUACCUGCUCAUUGUCCUCAACAAGGAAGAGGAGGCAAGAAAAGCGCUGGUGCGUCUGCGCGGCUGUGAGGACGUGAGCGAUGACAUUCAGGAGAUGAAGGAAGAAGGGAUGAAGAUGGCCUCGGAGAAGAAAGUGUCCAUCCUCGAACUCUUCCGCUCCCCAAACUACCGUCAACCGAUCAUCAUCGCUAUAAUCCUCCAGCUCUCUCAGCAGCUGUCUGGCAUCAACGCUGUGUUUUACUACUCUACAGGUAUAUUUGACCAGGCUGGUGUUACUCAACCCAUCUACGCCACCAUAGGAGCCGGAGUGGUCAACACUGUGUUUACUGUCGUCUCUCUCUUCCUGGUUGAACGGGCGGGGCGAAGGACAUUGCACCUGAUUGGUCUGGCUGGAAUGGCUGUCUUUGCCCUCAUCAUGACGAUCUCCCUGUCUUUGGUGAAGACAAACCAGUCCCUCAGCUACCUGGCCAUUGUGGCUGUGUUUGGCUUUGUUGCCAGUUUUGAGAUGGGUCCAGGUCCGAUCCCCUGGUUUAUCGUGGCUGAGCUCUUCUCCCAGGGGCCCCGACCUGCUGCCAUGGCCGUCUCUGGUUUCUCCAACUGGACCGCCAACUUCCUGGUGGGGCUGAGCUUCCCUAAACUGGAGGAACUGUGUGGUCCUUACGUCUUCAUCAUCUUUAUGAUCUUCCUCAUCCUGUUCUUCAUCUUCACCUUCCUGAAAGUGCCCGAGACCAGAGGAAGGACCUUUGAUGAUAUUGCUCAGGGAUUCGCUUCCAGUGCAGGGAAAUCCUCCAUGGAGUCUGAUGCGGUGAAUGCUGGCCUCACAGAAGGCAAAGAACCGGCUCCCAUGUCUCCCACAGAUAAGGUUCCCAUGGUGAAUCUUCCUUAAAGAGGAGAAGGAAGACUCUGGGUACAAAACAGACAAUAGGUUUCAAACACAUUGAUAAUGUAAAGAGCUAUUUCAUAACACACAAUCGGUGAGAGAGCAGCCGUGUGUGUUUAUAAAAAGCCAACUAAAUACAGUGUUAAUGAUUCCCCUUUUACCAAUGCUUAAUUAAUUCACAGAAUUCCGUCUAAUCCUGCUUUGAACAGGGGGCCAAACUUAACUUAACUGAAUUACUAGUACUUAAUAUUUGUUGACAUGCCCGCUGCCAAGUCAACGUGCACUGCCAUAUAAGAGGAUCAACAUAUGUUGAGUGAUAAAUCCCAGGUCUUCAGCUACCCCCAGUGUUAAAAGGUUGUGGGAUUUGGAGGGCUUUAUGUAUUGAGGUCAAGCUUAAAAGGACGGUUUUUGGAGCCCAGUAGUUUGACCCAAAAAAAAGAGUGACUUGCCGUCCAGUCUGCCUGAUAUGCCUUGCUGCCAGGGGGAGGGAGCCACGUUUUCUUGAGAAGACUGAAUAUAUAUCUAUCUAUCUAUAUAUAGAUAUAUAUAUAUAUAUAUAUAGAUAUAUAUAGAUAUAUAUAUAUAUAUAUAUAGAUAGAGGUGCUACAGUAAGUCCCUCUCCCUUUGAGCUGCACAACAAAGUGCCGACUAUAGACUUAGAAUACAUAUAUUUAACCAUGUAGAAGAUAAUAAAUAUUUCUUAUCAUCCUGUAGCAUCCCCUGAGAGUACAGGAUGUUUGCGUGUUGUUUGAAGUCAUAAAAUAAUAGGGCAGUUCUGUAGAUUAGUACGGUCUGCUUCAAGUAUUAACAAUAACGAGGUGUAGUCUGCACUACCAGGCCCUACAAACGUAUAUAUAUAUAUAUAUAUAUAUAUAUAUAUAUAGGCGUUCUGCUCUAAGAAACCCAACAUAGUCUCUCGUGAUCUGUGACUUCAUUGAAGAGCGCAGUCAGGAUCCUGAUCCAAUGUGAGGUCAAAGGUCAGGGAUGUCAUAUGUGUACAGAUUGGAAAGCCCUCUGAGGCAAAUUUGUAAUUUGUGAUAUUGGGCAAUACAAAAUAAACUGAAUUGAAAAAAAUGGAAUCAAAUCAAAAAGUGCUCGUCACGUUAAACAGUUGUUUAAGAAAUUCAUUGAAACACAUUUAAGUGUACUGAUAAACAACACUCAUGUCAGUCUUAACGAGAUAUUAGCCAUUUGGGAUAGUGAUGUUAAAAAAACACUAAAUUAAUUGUAUUUUAAACGCACAAAAAGUCUUAUUGUAUGUUGUUGUUUCUAAUUGUCUGAAAUCAUGUGGAUAGAUCGUAGAAUCUCCAGUUACUGCCUCAUCGAUUACAGCACAGUAUACAUGCUUAUAAAUGUUCUGUCAGUUUGUACAGUUGCAUCUUCGUCUUGGCACACACUCUUUAAGGAAGCACUUUUCAACGUUUGAGUUUAGCAGCUUUUUAAUUUGCACUUUGGCAGUCAAACUACUUUCUAAUGUUUAUUUUGUGUGGGGCUCUCUGUAAAUAUACUUUAUGUGUUAGGAUGUGUAUGGUGUUUGGUUGUUAUUCGUGCCUCCUAAUGCUGUUUCAUCGAUGUCAAAUCCACUGAUUUUCUUGCACUGUUACUCUGGUGAAUGUCACUAAGCUGCUCAACAGUAAACACAAGUGAGAAGUUGAGUGUUGAACGUGUGUGCAGUCCUUUGUUCUCCUGCUGUUAAAGUACGAGUGACACUUGCUUUGAGAAACUAAAAAGGAAAUAAAGUUGUCCAUCUUUUAAGGGAAUGUUCGACUGGACUUAUGAGCAUAAACAGUCUGUAAUACGAGUCAAAGCAAUGAAUGUUUAAUGUAAUUGCAGUGUUUAAGUGAAAGUGUGAUAUUUUGUCUGGUCUCUACUUCUGCAAUGUGGCAACUCUGAUUCCCUUUUUGCAACACCUCAGUCAGCUGUGCAGUUAUUCACUGAAGAGCUAACAAACCGCCUGAAACACUGAAAUAAAGCCAUGAAAAGCAGA